GGCGAGGCGAGGCGAGGGGGGUGGAAGCGCACAGGCAGCCUGCCAGACACCCGGCCCCCCCUUCUCCCCAACAUGGAGCUGCCGGCCGUGGGCGAGCACGUCUUCGCCGUGGAGAGCGUCGAGAAGAAGCGGGUGCGGAAGAAAACUCUGCCACAAACCCCUCCUUCCUUCCCUCCUUCUGCAAGAUAUAACACGUGGGAGCCGGAGGAGAACAUCCUGGACCCCAGGCUGCUGAUCCAGGGCUGCCUGCCUCGGGAGAGGCAGGAGCAACUGAUGGGAUACCGCAAGCGAGGACCAAAGCCGAAGCCGCUGGUUGUUCAGUUGCCAUCUUUUGCACGCCGCUCCAAUGUCCUCACUGGCCUUCAGGACCCUGCUAUGGAGAAUAGGUCUAAGCUGGACCUCAGCAGUUCUGGGAAAAGCCAGCAGCAUCAGUAUGAGUUGAAUAGCAAGAAGCACCACCAGUACCAGCCCAAUGGUAAGGACAGCACCAUAAAGCAUCAGUCACACAGCAAAGGAAAGUACUACUAUCAGCUGAAUAGCAAGAAGCACCACCACUACCAGCCUGAUCCCAAGAUGUAUGAGCCUCAUUACCAGCCAGGCAGCAAGGAGCCACAGCAAGGGCAGGCCUGCCUGGAUCACAGCAAAAGCUCGUUGAUGUCUCAUUCAGACAAAUGGUCCCAUGGUGCAUCAAAAAGCUUGCUGAACCCGGUGAAGAACUUGAAUACUACAGAAGGAAAGAAUGGGACAGAGAAGAACCUGUCAAGUGGCACAGGCCCGCCACUGCCACCACCCCGGGAUGGUGUAGGCAGCAAUGGUAUUGGAGGCAAAAUGAAGAUAGUCAAGAAUAAGAACAAAAAUGGCCGUAUUGUGAUUGUCAUGAGCAAGUACAUGGAGAACGGCAUGCAGGCCGUGAAGAUCAAGUCUGGAGAGCCACCCAAGAAGCGGGUGGCUGAGGACAGGACUACUAAGAAAGGGACUGAGGAUAGGCAGGAGUCCUGGAAAAAGCAUGGGGAGGAGAGAUGGCUGGCCAGUGAUCCCAAGGGGAAAUCUGGGACUGAGGCAAGUCAAGUCCCUACUGAGUGUGUAACCAGUCCACUAAUGGCAACAUCACCAGGCAAAGAACCACCUGUUCCUGAGCCACAGCCUCUGCAGCUUACCACCAAGCCAAACAUAGUCCCAUGGUCCUUGGAAUCCAGUCAGCAAGAGCACAAUCCUGCCAGCAUGGGAGUGAACCUCUCCUCCAGCUGUAGUGGAUCCCGGAAACGCUGCUUCUCUGAGCCCCAUGGGGACAAGGAGACUGGAAAGAAACGCCUCACUUCCCGGAGCAUCAGUACUCCCACCUGCUUAAGCCCACCUGUGCCAGAGAGACCUGAGCCCCCUGCUUUGCCUGCCUCCCAGCCGGAGGUCAUCCUGCUGGACUCGGACUUAGAUGAACCCAUAGACUUGCGGUGUGUCAAGGCUCGGGGGGACAUUGAUCCUGGCCUGGUGCAAGUGAAGCCAGAAACUGUGCUGCCACCAGCAGACAAACCUGUGCCAGAGCAUCAGAAGCAGGUGGAACAGUUUGAGGUGGAGGCAGAGGAAGAAGAUGAGGAGCCCAUGCCAGAGUUCAAGCCUUUCUUUGGGAAUAUAAUAAUUACAGAUGUGACAGCAAACUGCCUGACUGUGACUUUCAAGGAAUAUGUAACAGUGUGAGGAGGCUCUGGCACAGGCUCUUGGCACUCUCCCUUGGCAGCCUGGUACAUGACCCUCCUCUAAGGUAUUGUUCUACCCAGAGUAACUAUAUGGUAUGGUGUAUAGGGCUGGUCCUACUGAGAUCGGACGCCUCCCUGUCCCGGAAGAAGAGCAGGCAGGCUCAGAAAUUCAGCUAUGCUUCUCAACUGGUUGGUUCCUGAAGUGUCAUCUCUGCCCUCGGGGGUGGGGGGUGUUGGGCAUUGGGAGGUGGUAAGGGUGAUGGCUUCCCAGUGACCACACGGGAGAGUUACAUAGUAUUAUAUUUUAACAGUGCUAACUUGUUGAGUGGUUUUUGCUCCCGUUUGUACGUGGUGUUGCUGAAAAUGUAUUGUUUGAGCUGAAAGCGGGCCUCCCUGGGUGG